ACAAAAAAUAUACUAUAUUUUUUAUUCCUAGUUUUUUUUUUUUUCUUUCAUCAUGGCUGGCCAAGAGAAACCAAACGAACCACCAGCCAAGGAAAAAGAAAAAGAAGUCGAGCUGGACGAAACCGAAAACGACGUUUGCCCGAUAAAAGAAGUCGAACUAACGGUACCAAAAACCGAUGAUCCAACAAUGCCGGUACUCACAUUUAGAAUGUGGGUGUUGGGAAUAACAUCAUGUGUCGUGUUAUCAUUUGUGAACCAGUUUUAUUGGUACCGAACCGAGCCGUUGUCGAUUGGUUCGAUAGCUGCACAAGUGGCUACGGUCCCACUAGGUCACUUAAUGGCUAGGACUAUAACGGAACGUGUGUUUUUUAAGGAUAAGUGGUGUGAGUUUACGUUGAAUCCGGGUCCGUUUAAUAUUAAGGAACAUGUUUUGAUCACGAUUUUCGCUAAUUCGGGUGCUGGUGGUGCUUAUGCUACUCAUAUUUUGAGUGCUGUUAAGCUUUUUUAUAAGAAACAGUUGGCUUUUCUUCCUGCCUUUAUUGUCAUGCUCACCACUCAGGUUUUGGGGUUUGGAUGGGCUGGCAUUUUCCGGCGGUUUCUGGUGGAGCCCGCUGAGAUGUGGUGGCCGUCGAACUUGGUUCAGGUCUCCUUAUUCAGGUCGUUGCAUGAGAAAGAAAAGAGACCGAAGGGUGGCACAACUAGAACCCAGUUCUUUGUCAUUGUGUUAAUAUGCAGCUUUGCUUACUAUAUACUUCCAGGAUAUUUUUUACAAAUAUUAACUUCAAUUUCUUGGGUAUGUUGGAUCAACAAAAAGUCAGUUCUUGUUAACCAACUCGGAUCAGGACAAAAUGGUUUUGGAAUCGGUUCAUUUGGGAUGGAUUGGUCAACUAUCGCAUCAUACCUUGGCACUCCUUUAGCCAGCCCAUGGUUUGCCACCGCAAAUGUGGCUGUAGGAUUCUGUUUGAUGAUGUUUGUAGUCUCACCGUUAGGUUAUUGGUUCAAUAUUUAUCGAGCCAAGAACUUCCCUUUCUACUCGAAUGAACUCUUUCAGGCCGAUGGUUCACAUUACAAUACAUCUGCGAUUAUUAACUCCAAUUUUCAGCUUGAUAAAAUGGCUUACGAAAAACAAGGCCCUUUAUACAUGAGUACCUUCUUUGCCAUGACAUACGGUCUUGGUUUUGCUACACUUUCUGCCACCAUUGUUCAUGUCCUCCUCUACAAUGGACGGGAUAUACUGGAUAAGAUUAGAGGAGCACUUGGAAAGUCUAAAAAGGAUGACGUACACACAAGGCUUAUGCGGGCAUAUAAACCGGUGCCAAUGUGGUGGUUUAUUGUCAUUCUUGUGCUGAACAUUGCCUUGAUUUUAUUUGCUUGCCAUCAUUACGCCGAUAUUCUUCAGUUGCCAUGGUGGGGUGUCUUGUUGGCUUGUGCAGUUGCCAUAACCUUCACCCUACCAAUUGGUAUAAUUGCCGCCACCACAAACCAGCAACCAGGUUUGAACAUUAUCACAGAGUAUAUGAUAGGAUAUCUGUAUCCUGGACGCCCCGUUGCAAAUAUGUGCUUUAAAACUUAUGGAUAUAUCAGCAUGGCUCAAGCUUUGACGUUCGUAUCAGACUUCAAACUUGGACAUUACAUGAAGAUCCCACCUAGAGCAAUGUUCAUGGCCCAAGUUCUCGGAACAAUCAUAUCAGUCAUUAUAUAUCAAAUAACGGCAUGGACGCUAAUGGCGACCAUCCCUAACCUUUGUGACAAACAAUUGCUUCCAAAAGACAGCGAAUGGACGUGUCCCAUGGACCAUGUGUUUUAUGAUGCUUCUGUCAUAUGGGGUCUUGUUGGUCCACAAAGAAUCUUUGGUAACCUUGGGGUCUACUCUGACGUCAACUAUUUCUUCUUGAUUGGAGCCAUUUUGCCUUUUCUGGGUUGGUUAGCUCACAAGUGUUUCCCAAAGCAGAAUUGGAUUCGACUAAUACAUUUUCCUGUCUUGUUGGGUGCCACUGCAAUGAUGCCACCUGCUACUGCUGUGAACUACACAAGUUGGAUCUUUUUCGCGUUUCUUUCAGGUUAUGUUGCUUUCAGGUUCUACCCAAAAGCGUGGUCACGUUACAAUUAUAUUCUUUCGGGUGGUCUUGAUGCUGGAACAGCUUUCAUGAGCAUUGCUUUGUUCCUGGGAUUGCAAUCUUCUGGGGUUGCGCUGAACUGGUGGGGGAAUAAUGGUGAAGGCUGCCCACUCGCUACUUGUCCAACUGCCACGGGUGUCGUUGUCCCUGAUUGUCCUGUUUUUAGUUAGUUUAGUGACAUUAGAUCCAUGUCUUUCUACUUGUUUAACAACUUUUUUUGUUAUUUUUAGCGGUUGAUUGGAUAUACUGUUUAGAUGAAAUGUAUUGAUGGACCUAAAAUUCUAGCAAUUAAGCUUAUAAGUGUAAUCAUAUAUCUCAAGCUAUGCAAAUGAAAUCUAUCUAUUUAUUAGAGUCA